GAGGGGGCGAGAGAGAGAGAGGGGGAGAAGAAAAAAAGGCGAGACGUUGGGACGAACAGAAACGAGGAGACCGUACCAGGGCAGGAGGGGAACGAGGCCGAACAAACGCGGCAUGCCGGGCAGCCCACCCGCGAGGAUUUGUACCGCCGACGGGGGAGUGAGUCUAACGGCGAAACAACAAUAAACGGUGACGGUCCCCCCCUCCGCCAUUCGUGAAGAGAGAGAGAGAGAGCGAGCGAGAGAGAGAUAUCCGACAAAGACGGCGGACGGACGGACAGGCGGGAGAGAGAAAAAGAGACGAGGCCCAUGGCGCGAGCAGAAAUGGGCAGCAGAGGUUGAGCUCGCCGAGUGGCGCCCACUCCGACGGCGAGGGACGGCGGGCAGGCCCCCCCCCACCCCUUGCACAAGUGCCAUUCUCACCCCCUGCUAUAGGGGGCAUCCCCCGCCAUGCCGUCAAAUGCGCGGGCGGGAAGCCUGAAGGACCCAGAAGUGGCUGAACUUUUUUACCGCGAUGACCCAGAGAAGCUCUUUGCUGACCUGCGAGAGAUCGGGCAUGGUAGCUUUGGCGCAGUCUACUUUGCCCGGGAUAUCCGCAACAAUGAAGUCGUUGCCAUCAAAAAGAUGUCCUACAGUGGGAAGCAGUCCAAUGAGAAAUGGCAGGACAUCAUCAAAGAGGUGAAAUUUCUUCAAAAGCUGCGCCAUCCAAACACUAUCGAGUACAGAGGCUGCUAUCUCCGGGAGCACACAGCAUGGCUCGUCAUGGAGUAUUGUUUAGGAUCUGCUUCCGACCUGCUGGAGGUUCACAAGAAACCUCUCCAGGAAGUGGAAAUUGCUGCUAUUACCCAUGGUGCACUGCAAGGUCUGGCCUACUUACACUCCCACAACAUGAUUCACAGAGAUGUAAAGGCAGGAAAUAUUCUGCUGACAGAACCAGGUCAAGUAAAGCUUGGUGAUUUUGGCUCUGCCUCCAUCGUUGCUCCUGCCAACUCCUUUGUGGGUACUCCAUAUUGGAUGGCCCCUGAAGUGAUUUUAGCAAUGGAUGAGGGCCAGUAUGAUGGGAAGGUGGAUGUCUGGUCAUUGGGUAUUACCUGCAUUGAGCUUGCUGAGCGGAAGCCACCACUGUUCAACAUGAACGCAAUGAGUGCCUUAUACCAUAUCGCCCAAAAUGAGUCCCCCAUGCUGCAGUCCAAUCACUGGUCUGACUACUUCCGUAACUUUGUGGAUUCCUGUCUGCAGAAAAUCCCUCAGGACCGUCCCACGUCUGAGGUGCUUCUAAAGCACCGGUUUCUGAUGCGAGAACGGCCAAUGUCUGUAGUAAUGGAUCUUAUCCAGAGGACCAAGGAUGCAGUAAGAGAGCUGGACAAUCUGCAGUAUCGGAAGAUGAAGAAGAUCUUAUUCCAGGAGACGCACAAUGGGCCUGCUCCUGAUGGCCAAGAGGAGGAAGAGGAGGUGGAACCCUACGCAUUGCGGACAUGCACAGUAAAUAGUAUGGAAAGUUCCCACUCUGUGCCCAGUAUGUCCAUUAGUGCCAGCUCUCAGAGUAGUUCUGUUAACAGUUUGGCGGAUGCCUCCGAUGAUAGUGGGGAGAUUGCUAUGAUGCAGGAGGGAGAGCACACCGUGACAUCCAACAGUUCUGUUAUACACCGUCCUCCGGGUCAUGACAACAUUUAUGAUGACCCAUACCAGCCGGAGAUGGAAGCCCCACAGGCAUCUUCAGCUGCCAGGCGUCGCGCAUAUUACAGAAACAGAGAUCAUUUUGCUACAAUUAGGACGGCAUCUUUGGUGACUCGCCAAAUCCAGGAACAUGAGCAAGGCUCUGCUCUAAGGGAACAAAUGUCUGGCUACAAGCGAAUGCGACGCCAGCAUCAGAAACAGCUGAUGGCCCUGGAGAACAAGCUGAAAGCUGAGAUGGAUGAGCAUCAACUCAGGUUGGACAAGGAGCUCGAGACCCAGAGAAACAAUUUUGUUGGAGAGGCAGACAAGCUGGGCAAAAAGCACCAGGCCAUACUGGAGAAGGAGACUAAAGCUGCAUACACAGAGGAGAAGAAAUUUCAGCAGCACAUCCUUGGCCAGCAGAAGAAAGAGUUAACUGGCUUGUUAGAGUCACAGAAGCGACAGUACAGGAUGCGUAAGGAGCAGCUCAAAGAGGAGCUGCAGGAAAAUCAGAGUACGCCAAAGCGUGAGAAGCAGGAAUGGCUAUUAAGGCAGAAGGAAACCAUGCAACACUACCAAGCUGAGGAAGAAGCCAAUCUGCUUCGUCGCCAAAGGCAAUACUAUGAGUUGCAGUGUCGACAGUAUAAGAGAAAGAUGCUGCUGGCCCGCCACAACCUGGAGCAGGACCUGUUGAGAGAGGAACUGAAUAAAAAGCAGACCCAGAAAGACCUGGAGUGUGCUAUGCUGCUUCGACACCACGAGUCCACACAGGAGCUGGAGUUCCGACACUUGAGCACCGUGCAGCGCACUCGUGCAGAGCUCAUCCGGCUGCAGCAUCAGACUGAACUGAACAACCAGCAGGAGUAUAACAAGCGUCGGGAGCAGGAGCUGCGGCAGAAGCACGCUGUGGAAGUGAGGCAGCAGCCGAAGAGCCUUAAAUCCAAAGAGCUCCAGAUCAAGAAGCAGUUCCAGGACACCUGCAAGAUCCAGACUCGCCAGUACAAGGCUCUGCGUAACCAUCUGCUGGAGACGACGCCCAAGUGUGAUCACAAGAACAUCCUCAAGCGGCUAAAGGAGGAGCAAACGCGCAAGCUGGCUAUCUUGGCAGAGCAGUAUGACCACAGCAUCAAUGAGAUGCUCUCCACACAAGCGCUCCGUCUUGAUGAGACUCAGAUGUCCGAGUACAAAAUCUUAGGCCUGCAGCUGCAGCAAGAGCUCGAACUGCUCAACGCGUACCAGAGCAAGAUCAAGAUGCACACGGAGUCGCAGCACGAGAGGGAGCUGAAGGAUCUGGAGCAGCGUGUGUCCAUCCGGCGAGCGCUGCUCGAACAGCGGAUUGAAGAGGAGAUGCUGGCCCUGCAGAAUGAGCGCUCGGAGCGCAUCCGUAUUCUGCUGGAACGCCAGGCGCGUGAAAUUGAAGCCUUUGACUCGGAGAGCAUGCGCCUGGGCUUCAGCAACAUGGCACUCACUGGCAUCCCAGCGGAGGCCUUCACCCAAGGCUACCAGGCGCCUCCCCAGGGCUGGCCUUCACGGCCCGUGCCCCGCAGCGGUUCACACUGGAGCCACGCAGUGCAUCCACAGAACAGUGGUGCACCCCACUCCUGGAGGCAGGCCCCAGCCAUGGGAACCAGCGGGCACCAUCACAGUGUCCACUCGCACAGCAGCCACAGCCCCCUCAGCACCCACAGCUCAUCUUCGCUGGGAGGCGGUGGCCACGGUGGGACCGGCAGAGAAGGGAGUUCCAGCGGCGGUACUCCCUGGGGUCCUCAGCACAGCUUGCAGAGCUUAGCACUUCCUUCUCCGGCUCCAGGUGGCAGUAACCUGGGUGGCAUCGGAACACGUGGGACCAGUAUGCUGGCUCUGCGCAACAGCCCCCAGCCCCUGCGCAGGACGGCAUCUGGGGGAGCGGGUAACCCCGGAGAGCAAGGUAUCAGCCGCAGCACAUCGGUCACCUCGCAGAUCUCCAACGGCUCCCAUCUUUCCUACUCGUAAGACCUGCGCCCGUUAGGGCAGAGUUUUGUUUGUGCUGGCAUAUUGGCCCCGCCCUUCAGCCUGUAAAGGGGGCUUGCUGACCAGCAGGAAGCGGACACGUUGAUGGGGCUGCCAUGUUUGCCUCGGAUUCUUUCACUCAGUAGCUAUGGUGCAAAGGCCCAGGUGGUGGGCUCUCUGGGUAGCUCGUCCUGGGCAGUGAGGUCCUCGCUAGCUCUGUUUAGUGAGCUGACCUGCCUGGUUAGGGGGGUGGCAUCGGAGGGUCUCGCUAAUCUUACUUUCAGUAAAGGUGCUCAUUUUGCUAAUCGGUCAUUGGCUGCUUUUUGGCUUCUUGCUGCCGACGUUGUGCCCUGCUGUGCAGCAAGCAUCCCUUUGGAGUCUGGAAGUGGGGUCCCCUAAACCCACCCCCACCCACACAGUGCGCUGGGGUGUCCACAGCCUGCUGCGGGGGUCUUAUGUAUAUUUAUGUCUGUAGAGUCUGUAUAUAAGGGGGAGGUGUUGUGUCGGGAGUGGGGUGGGGGUGGGGGGUUGGCACCAUCACUACCAUUGCAAACUACAGACGAUGCCCCUGCACGGGCUUCACGGCGCCUGGAACUGAACUCAUUUUGGGAGAAGCCGAACCAGCCGUAUCGGAUGGAUGGCCCCCCGUUGUGUCAACACUAACUCCUGAACCACAAGCUGGACUUCAUUUGGGUUUGCCUUUUUUUUGGGGGGGGGGUGCCACGUUGGCCACAUUUUACACUCUUCCCCCAGCUGGUGCCCACUGUGGCCAGCUGCGUCUCAUCGUUUAUUUUACCUCAUUUAUUCUGGUAUUUUUGAGGGGGUGUGGGGGGGGUUUGGUGCAGUUGCCAUUUUUCUGUUUCUCGAUGCCAAUAUGAGGAGGUUGCCCUCCGUUUCCUGCCACUGCUCGCUCGCCUUGAGACUUUCAAGAUUGCAGACCCCCAUUUCCGGGGAGGAGGUCUGCACCAGUAUUUUCCCUCUGGCCCGGCGAGGGGGGGAGGGGGCUUUGGUGCCUGACUGACCCGGUCACUCGGAGCAUUUGUGUAAAUAUUUUUAUUUUUAUAUUUUAUUUAAAGUUGCAGACUUUUCCACCGGAGGACGUUGGAGGCGUGGCUUGUGGACGAUGCCAAUUCUUCUCCUUUUCCGUUUUUCUUACACUUGGGACUUUUUAUUAGCCGUCUCUUCUCUUUGCUCGCGUCCUGUCGGAUUCCUGGUUUUUUAUACGGUGGGAGAGAGUUGUGUGGCGGGCGGGAGGGCGGGAUGUACAGUUCAUGGCGGUCCGCUUCGGCCUUCUCUUUGUGGGGGUGGGGGGGUUGGGGGUCAUUGCUGUUUCUUGUUACAAACAAAACUUUUUUUUUUUUUUGGUUCCCUUUUUUAUUUUAUUUCGUUUUAUUUGUUUUGCCGGUGCCGCUCCAGCAGUGGGGUGGUCCGGCGUUGAGCUCUUUAUUUAACUGUCUACGAGCUAAAAGGAACACUUGAACCCUGACCCAGAGCUGUGUUUCCUCUGCCUGCCACUAUGGGGCACUGUGGCACCUCAUGGCAGAGGUAACUUUUGGAGGGGUGGAGGGUAGAAAAUAUAUAUAUACAUACAUAUAUAUAUCAAAGAGAUCAAAAGCAGGAUUUAUCUUGUUUUUAAAAAUAAAAGUUAAAACAAAUCU